CGGAUAUUUAUAGAUUCAUGAAAAUACCAUCCAGGUAAACAGGUCACAGCCUACAAGAACAACAGUCCAGGAACAUUUCCUUUUGUUUCUAACUCUAUACAUAUAUUAAAGUAAAUCACAUAAAACUAGGAUUAACUACGAUUAUGUCCCUUGGUCAGACUAAUUUCCAGGCACCACUUGACCAACCAAGAUGUCAAUCUAAGGAACAAACUAUUUGUGAUAAAGAUUUGAGUUGUAAUUCAGACAUAGAGAAACAAAAAGGAUCACAUACAGGGAUGAAACCUUCUAAAUUUGAUGAAGAUAUAAAAGCAAACAGUGAUUUAAUAAAUGCCAAGUUGCACGGAAAUGCGAGGACACAAACACCUGAAAGACCUUAUAUAUGUGGAUUGUGUAAUAAAACAUUUAGUCGGCAACCUAAUUUAAUACAACACAUGAAAAUACACACUGGUGCUAAAGCGUAUAAAUGUGAGAAAUGUUGUAAAGGGUUCAGUACAAAAGGCAUUUUAAAAACCCAUCUAUUAACUCAUACCAUGGAAAAACGUUAUAAAUGUAAUGUAUGUGGAAAGGGGAUUAAUGGUAGUUUACAGGUUCACAUGAUGAGAAAACAUACUGAUGUAAAAACUUUUAAAUGCGAUGUGUGUGGAAAGUGGUGUAACACAAGUAGCAGUUAUACUAAUCACAUGAAUACACAUAGAGGUGACAAACCUUAUAAAUGUGAUGUGUGUGGUAAGGAAUUUAGCCUAAAUAGCGGACUGAAGUCACACAUGAAUACACAUACAGGUGAAACACUUUAUAAAUGUGAUGUAUGUGAUAAGGAAUAUAGUCUAAAAGCCAGUUUUAACGCACACAUGAAAACACAUACUGGUGAUAAACCUCAUACAUGUGAUGUAUGUUGUAAACAAUUUAAUUAUAAAUCGAGGUUGGAAAUACACAUUAGGACACAUGAUGGAUAUAAAGAAUUUAAAUGUGGUGAAUGUUAUCAAGAAUUCAGUAGUAGUGCUGGAUUACAGUUACACAUAAAGAGAACACAUACUAAAAGGAACAGAGAGAGACCUUUUGAAUGUGAAUUAUGCGAUAAAAAUUUUAAAGGUCGAGAUCACUUGGCUAGGCACAUGAGAAUACAUACUGGUGAUAAACCAUUUGAAUGUGAUGUAUGUCGUAGAUCGUUCUAUUAUAGAUGGAGCUUUGAUAAACACGUGAAAUUACACACGGUUAGUGAAUCUUACAAAUGUGAUAUAUGCUUUCAAGUGUUUUAUAAUAUUGUAAACUUAAAGAACCACAUUGGAAGAACACAUAUUGGAAAUAAACCUUAUAAAUGUGAUGCGUGUGGUAAGGAAUUUAGUCUGAAUAGCGGAUUAAAGUCACACAUGAGAAAGCAUACGGCUGAUAAACCUUACAAAUGUGAUGUGUGCGGUAAAAGUUUCAAACAAAGAGGCGCCUUAACGACUCAUAUGAUAACACAUACUAGUGAUAAACCUUAUAAAUGUGAUAUUUGCGGUACAGGAUUCAAUCAAAAAGGCGCCUUAAAUAUACACAUGAAGAAACACACUGAUAUUAAAUGUGAUGUAUGUGGACUUAUAUUCAUGUCUCAUGUGCAUUUACAGAACCAUGUGCCAACACACACACACUUGAAAACACAUACUCUGCUGCACCGAACUAUGUCUAAAAAUGAGUUUCAAACUUUUGUUAUUAUCUCCCUUGAUCAGAAUCAUUGCCUAACACCACAGGACCAAACAAGAUGUCUAAUUGUGGACCAAACUUUGUAUGAUAAAGAUUGGGGUUGUAAUUCAGAUCUAGAAAAUCAAAUAAGAACACAAACAGGGAGGAUACCUGAUAUCAUAUCAGAUAGUGAUUCAAAUAAUGCCCAAUUGCAAGGACAUCUUAGAUCGAAAACUUUGGCGAAACCGUUUGUAUGUGGUAUUUGUGAUAGAAAAUUUAGUCGAGAACCUCAGUUACUUGUACACAUGAGAAUACACACUGGGGAUACACCUUUUAAGUGUGACAUAUGUGAUAAAGAGUUCAAUUCAGAGGCAAUCUUAAAAAUACACAACAAAACUCAUACUCUGGAAAAACGUUAUAAAUGUGAUAUAUGUGGUAAAGGUGUAAGCGGCAGUUUACAGACACACAUAAGAACACAUACAGGUAAUAAACCUUAUAAAUGUGUUGUAUGUUACAAAGGGUUUAAUACCAGUAGCAAUUUAACUACUCACAUGAGAACACACACUGGUGUUAAACCGUAUAAAUGUGAUGUAUGUUGUACACGGUUUAAUCAUAAAACGAACUUAACUAAACAUAUGGGAACACAUAGUUUAGAUAAACAAUUCAAAUGUGAUGUAUGUGGUAAAGCAUAUAGUUUAAAUAGUAGUUUGAAGAUACAUAUAAAGAGAAAACAUGCUAGAAAGAAUCCUCAUGAAUGUGAUGUAUGUGAUAAAGAAGUUAGAGAUAGAGACAAACCAACUACAUGUACACACAUGAAAAUACAUACUGGUGAUAAACCUUAUAAAUGUCAUGUAUGUAGUAAAGUGUUUAAUUACAAAGGAAAUUUAGAUAAACACAUGAAAUUACAUACGGAUGAUAAACCUUUUGAAUGCUUUAAAGGAUUUUAUCAAACAAGAAACCAAGCCAUCCUCAUGAAAAGCACACCUAGUCAUAUUGGAGAAGUAAGCACACCUAGUCAUAUUGGAGACUUAAGCACACAUAGUCAUAUUGGAGACCUAAGCACACAUAGUCCUAUUGGACACGUUGGAGACGUAAGCAUACCUAGUCAUACUGGAAAUGGAAGCACACAUAGUCAUAUUGGAGACGUUAGCACACAUAGUCAUAUUGGAGAUGUAAGCACACAUAGUCAUAUUGGAGACCUAAGCACACAUAGUGAUAUUGGAGACAUUAGCACAAAUAGUCAUAUUGGAGACUCAAGCAAACAUAGUGAUAUUGGAGACAUUAGCACACAUAGUCAUACCGGAAAUGGAAGCACACAUAGGUUAAUUGGAGACGUAAGCACAAAUAGUCAUAUUGGAGACGUAAGCACACAUAGUCAUAUUGGAGACUCAAGCACACAUAGUCAUAUUGGAGACUCAACUGUCUCAAACACAAAUAGUCAUAUUGGAGACGUAAGCACAAAUAGUCAUAUUGGAGACGUAAGCACACAAAGUCAUACCGGAAAUGGAAGCACACAUAGGUUAAUUGGAGACAUAAGCACACACAGUCAUAUUGGAGACGUAAGCACACAUAGUCAUAUUGGAGACUCAAGCAAACAUAGUGAUAUUGGAGACAUUAGCACAAAUAGUCAUACCAGAAAUGGAAGCACACAUAGGUUAAGUGGAGACAUAAGCACACACAGUCAUAUUGGAGACAUAAGCAAACAUAGUGAUAUUGGAGACAUUAGCACACAUAGUCAUAUUGGAGACGUAAGCACAAAUAGUCAUAUUGGAGACAUUAGCACAAAUAGUCAUAUUGGAGACAUUAGCACAAAUAGUCAUACCAGAAAUGGAAGCACACAUAGGUUAAGUGGAGACAUAAGCACACACAGUCAUAUUGGAGACAUAAGCAAACACAGUCAUAUUGGAGACGUAAGCACACAUAGUCAUAUUGGAGACUCAAGCAAACAUAGUCAUAUUGGAGACAUUAGCACAAAUAGUCAUCCUGGAAACAAACUUCAUAAAUGUGAUGUGUGUGGUAAGGAAUUCAAUACAAAUGAUGGAUUAAAGUUACACAUGAGAACACAUACUGGGGAAAAACCUUUUAAAUGUAAUUUUUGCUGUAAAGGUUUCAGUCAAAGAGGCUCCUGGAUAGCACACAAAAGAACACAUACCAAUGAAAGACCAUUUAAAUGUGAUAUUUGCUUUAAAGGUUUUAAUCAAAAAGGCAACUUAGCUACCCACAAGAGAACACAUACUAGUGAUCUCCCUUACGAAUGUGUAGUAUGUAGAUUAUUAUUCAUGUCACAUGAUCAAUUACAAAACCACAUGACAUCACACACUGGCAUAACUAUAUGACCACAUAAAAUAACAGAACCAUAUCAUGACAUCACACUGUGACACUUGCAGAACAACAUGACAACAAACUUGUAGAACCACAUAAUAACACUGCCAGAACAACAUGACAACAAACUUGUAGAAACACAUAAAAAGAGCAAGACAACACUCAAUUACCAAAUCACAUGAUAUCACACACUUACAGAAGCACAUGACAACACUCAAUUUCAGAACAGCAUGAACCACACACUUACAGAACCACAUGACCACACACAGAACCACAUGAACAUACACACUUACAGAACCACAUGACAUUUCACAUUUACAGAACCACAUGACCACACACACACUGACAGAACAAUAUG